CUUAAGUUGCGUAUUUUACCGGUAUUUGCUUGCUUACAAUUUUAAAUUAAUUUGAUUUACAUGUAAGGACCUCUAAACUUUGUUGUUCCUUGACGAAAACUACAUAAACAACGUAUUUUAGUCUGUUUAGUGAUUUUUAGUUGCCAUAAAAACGCUGCCAUUUUCAUUAAAUGAAUGGUUUAUAAUGACGGAUGCGACUAUCAAUACAUCUAUAACAGUGGAUAUUAAUGGAAAUAAAAUAUCAGAAUACUCAAAUAAUGGAACACCUGGUGCUAAGCAAGAUUCGUUCACAAACCAACUUAAUUGUGUGAAUGCAACCUCUGUUCAAAUGACCACAAAUCCAGCUCCUGUGUUACAAAUGCCUCUUGGAAUGCCCUUGACUGGAGUAACUACUGUACCAGUGGCAUUAUGUGGUGUUAACGGUGCUGCAAACAAAGAUACGCCCGCUACCAAUCAACCCCCUGCAAUGAUGGGUCAACCCGGUGCUAUUAUUGGACAACCUGCUAGUUUUAUGGCCCAGCCUGCAAUGCAACCUGGUGGCAUUUUCCUGAUAAACAUGCCUACAGGGACCCAAGCUCAUAAUAUAACAGCAAUUCCACAAAUAGCAUUACCAACCAAUGGAAAUCCACACCAAGCCAUAAGCAGCACUCAACAAACAGUAAACCAGGCACCUGCAACCACUGUGCAAGGAAACUAUGCACAACAAACCACAUCAAGUCAACAAGGUUAUGGAUUCAAUAUGCCUCAGUUCAUGCAAGCUAACACUACAGUGGCUGCCCCAACAGCCGCGUAUAUGCUUGUACCAAUACAGCAGGUACCACAAAACCAACAGCAUAUUGGACAGCAAUUCACGUCUCCACCUGCCACCCAACCCCAACCUAAUGUUCACCCCCAACAUACCCAGCAACCCCAACAACCCCACCCUUCUCCAUACCAAGUACCCCCAUCACCCCAAACCCCACAAACUCAGUACAGCAUACCCCCUUCUCCACAAAACCUGCAAAACCCCCAGACCCCCCAAAACCCCCAAGAAAUCCCCCAAUACCAACCCAUACCCACACAACCCUUCAUCACGAAGCUAGACCAAGGGAACCCGCAAGUUUCCACCCAAGGAACCCAACCAAGCCCCAGUGUGGCAAUCAACGACCCCCAUAUAUCAUCCAGUGUACAAGACUCUGGAUUAAAUCCCGUAAUUUUACAAGAACUGCAGCGCUUGCAAGCUCUAGCAUCCACCUCUUCAAGUUACAGCGCGACAGACAUCGCUAAAAUCUUACGGACAAUCUCGGACAUUGCAAGUAACCCGAAAAAAGAAGCUGAGUCACCAUCAACGAGCAUGACGCAGCAAAUUCCAACGAAUCCAAUAUCAGGACCAUCCACACCACAGGAGAACAAACUCCCACCUUCACCUGCUAAUACAUUCAUAACAAGCACUAUAUUCACUGAGGCACUUUCACCUGGUUCCCAGUCCCGUUCAUCAAGUGUUUCAAGUAUUCCUGACCCAAACAUUCAGCAUAUACAGAAAGUUCCCGAAGCUCCUGUCCGUGAGAAAAGGAAGAAGGGACCCGCUCCUAAACUUGAUGGAAACGAAGUUUGUUUGAUAUGUGGAGAUAAAGCUUCUGGAUAUCAUUAUGGAGUGCUUAGUUGUGAGGGUUGCAAAGGUUUUUUCCGCCGUUGCAUCAUCAAAACACCGAACUUUAAAUGCAAAAAUAACGGCCAGUGUCAGAUGGAUACUUACAUGCGAAGGAAAUGUCAGAAGUGUCGGUUGGACAAAUGUCGCGCUGCCGGAAUGAAAGAUGAAACAGUACUUACCGAGGUACAGAGCAAAGCUAAGAGGAUGAAACGUGAAAAAGACAAUUCCACAUUCGUAGCUUCACCUCAUCACUUCGCUCCUAACCUUUCAUUUAACGGAGAACCCAUACCCAGUCUCACUUCUCACCAGCGCAACCUAGUGGAAAUGUUGCAAGCCAACGAGGCACGAUUUCAAUGGCCUACGCAAGAAGCUGUUGCCAAGGUUACGCCAUGGGUUGAAAGUGGAGACUCACAUCGUUGUAGAGCUUCACGGUUCGCUCACUUCACUGAACUUGCUAUUCUAAUUGUACAACUUGUAGUGGAGUUUACUAAGCAACUACCAGGGUUUCUUACAGUUUCAAGGGAGGACCAGAUCCUACUGCUUAAAGCAUGCACUAUAGAAGUGAUGUUACUGAGAGCUGCAAAACAAUAUGAUAAAAAAUCUAAAGCAAUAAAUUUUCUCAAUGGAAAAUUUUAUGAUAAAUCAAGUUUCUACAGAGCAGGAAUGCAGGUUGAAUUUGUUGAUCCUAUAUUUGAUUUCUGCAACAGUAUGGCUCAACUUGGUCUUAAUGAGGCAGAAUAUGCUCUGCUGGUUGCUAUUAAUACUUUCUCUGCAGAUCGUCCAAACAUAAAAGACAUGCACAAAGUAGAGGCGGUGCAGAAUUCUUAUGUUGAGCUGUUGAGGGUUUAUCUUAAGAUACAUCAUCCUUCUGAUCCUUUAAUGUUUCCGAGAACUUUAAUGAAAUUAGUUGAGCUACGAACCUUGAAUAAUUAUCAUAGUGAACAAAUAUUUGCUUUAAAAGUUCAAGACAAGCAAUUGCCUCCUUUAUUAGCAGAAAUAUGGGAUAUGUAAUGUUUAGUUAUAAUACUGUUUCAUGAAUUUAUUUUGAAAAAGAGUUUUUCAAGAGAAAUGAGUUAAAAGUCAAUGAAUUUUGAUUAAUAGAUGAUAAAUACCAGCAGCGUAACUGUGAAUUGGUGGCUGUAAUAUGAUGCAAGAAAAAGAUUCGCUUAAUAUGGUUGAAAAAUGUUGAUUUAGGAAUAGGUCGUUACACCAAAAGCUGUGCAGUUCCAUUUUGUUUGUCAAUGUAUUUUGCCUGUGUGUUGUCAAAGUUCUUCGUACUCGCCGCAAUACAUUAGCUCAUGCAA